CAUUCGCCGCGUCAAGUAUAAUUGGAACUUUACGGGGAUUCCAUAUUUUUCUGCCAUAGCAACAUUAGAUCAUUGGAUACUUUGAAACCUCUACGUUUAGGUACCUAUACCUACUACCUACCUAGAUUUCGUCUAACAUCUAGAAUAUAAACACGUCCAUAUUUAUCCUGUCAAGUGUCAAUUUAUUUAUCCAGCCAGUGUAUGCGCUGAUUGAACAAGCAUAAGACGUACAUAAGACGUAUUAAUUAUUGUGAACGUAAGCAAUAAUAUAUGUGAUUAACUUCAAAGGAAAAUUGGAUGAAGGGGUCUUCACUGCAAAAUAAGAUAUCUGAAGGUUCGAAAGUUAUUUUAAAACAAUAGGUAAUUAAUUUAGUAUCUUAUACAUAAAGGUCUAAGAUACCACUGCCUCAAUGGCCCAUAUAUAUUAUAAAUUCAAAGGAAAAGGAGGGCGCGUAUUGGAGGGCGAAAAGAAAAUAUACGAAAAACCUGAAUUUAAGCCUCAAUAUUUGGAAAGCAACAAUAAAAAGGCAGCAAUAAUCAAUGCGAUCAUAGAAAUUACAACAUUGUGGAAAUAUGUCGUAAAUAACGCGUUCCAUAACUAUUCGCACAUGUAUUCUCUACUGAAAUAUCCAUUAAUUGACCAGGAAAAGGUGAUAUGCCAGAAGCACAGUGAGAGUUUUGCCGUAUAUGAUAGAAUAACAGAAGAGUGGCUCGUUGUUCCAAGCGAACCAUCAUAUCAAUUUUGUUACGACGGAAAAGACUUCAUAGAUUUUUCGAUGGCUAAAAAUGAUAAAAAGGGCUGGAGGUUUCUGCUUGUAGGGAAAUUUACAAAAAUGAUGCAAGAACCGAACUUGCUGACAGAAACUAACAGUUGUUGGGCAUAUUUGGAUGAAUUCGUAGCGCCGAAUAUUAGGCUGAUUGUCGGGGUGCCUGGCUGCGGGAAGACAAGGUACAUUAUCAAGAACCAUAACCCGGGCAGUCUGGUGCUCACGUCCGGUAAAGAGGCAGCUGAAGAUAUCCGCAAGCGUAUGGCCGAAAAGAAUGAUGCUCCGCAAUCUAAUUACAGUCGGUCGUAUAGGACGAUCGACUCAUACUUAAUAAACAAGCGAGAGAUGUAUGUCGACGUGUGGGUAGACGAGGCGCUUAUGGAGCACCCCGGGAAACUAUUCCUCGUGUGCCUGUUUAGUCGCUGCCGGAAUUUAUACUUGCUGGGCGACCCCAACCAGCUCGGCUAUAUCAACAGAACUGAAGUAACAUUGCUAUAUGACAAGUCUUCCAUGUUCUUCAAGCCUACCGAAACCUUAAACGUUUCUUACAGGUGUCCUGUUGACGUAAUGGCCGUUUUAUCUAAAAAGUGUGACUACGAUGGCUGCGUGUAUUCAGCGUCGAAUGUUCUGCGCAGUUUGAAGUGUAAAAAAUUUACAUCGCUUAAAGACGUUCCAAGAUCGGAAGGUACCAAAUAUCUGGUGUUUAAACAGGCGGAAAAGAAACUAAUGAAGGAGGCUGAGUACGACGUGUCGACCGUGCACGAGUACCAGGGCAAGGAGGCAGCGCAUGUAGUUAUAGUGAAGAUGUCGCACAACUCACGGGAGACACAGAGCGAGUCGGCGCGGCACCUGGUGGUGGCCAUGUCGCGACACAGAGAGUCGCUCGUGUACUACUCGCCGGUGAGAGACAGCCUGAGAAAACUUAUGGAAACGCGAUUGACUGAUGAGGAGCUUAGAAGUCAUCAAAAGUCGCUUAUGUCUUAUCUCGCACCUAUAAAACACAGUAUUACAAUAAUAAGCGGACUGGUUCGUACUGUUUAUUAUUGUGGUUGUGUUGUGGUUUGUUGGUUUAUAAUUAUUAUUGUUUGGUUUAAGAAUGAUAGAAAAAAACGCAAUAAAAAUAUUAGCUGGAGUAAAAAACAGGCAUCCUUGUAAGGAACUUUUAAAAUUUACGGUAUCAUUAUUCACUGUAAAUUUAUGAAGUUCUAAUAUUCGUAAGAAAAAACUUGCCGAUGUUUAAACGUGUUGGAGUCAUGGGCAAACAAAUCAAGAGGGCCUACCGCGAACCACGUUCGACGUGUUGCCUCUCUGUCGCACUUGUAAAUUUGUACGUAAGUGUGACAGGAAGGCAACCCGUCGAACGUGGUUCGCGGUAAGCCCUCUGAUCAACGGGAAGGCUGCGAACAGUGUCGCGUCGCAUGGCACUUUCAUGUAAAAACCCACAAGUGAUAGGCUCAACUUACUAUGAGCAUCUGUCCGCGGACUUACGAACUGAAAAUUCUGACGAAGCAUUUGAACGUCAAUUGAGAAACCCAUUAUAUUCAGUGACUUAAUUGUAAUGCUUUUGUUUAACUUUGAUUGUAAUUUGGCUUUAUUGAACAUUUUGUAUUAUUUUUAUUUGAUAUAUUGCUCUUAGUUUUUAAGAUGACGAUCAUUAUGAGAUAUAUUUUUAUUUUUAAGUUGACAUGAUUUUACAUUGUUUACUUAUUUAAUAUUUGGCAUUAUUUCCAUUUUUGACAUUUAAAUUGUAUAUACUGACGAUCAUAAUAUAAAUUCGUGUAGAUUGACAUAGCAUAAUUUAUAGUGAUUUAUUAUUAUGAAAUAAAUGAAAUGAAAUCAAA